CAACAUAGCAAGACCUCAUCUCUACAAAAAAUUUUUAAAAAUUAGCCAGAAUGGUGAUAUGUGCCUAGAGUUCCAGCUAAUUGGGAAGUUCGGACAGGAGGAUCACUUGAGCCCAAGAGUCUGAGGUAGCAGUGAGCAGUACAGACCAUUGCACUUCAGCCUGAGUAACAGAAUGAGACCCUGUCUCAAAAAGAGGCAUGUCACAUAGUGAGUUUUCAGAAUAGGUUGCUGACAGCAUGUUGAGAGGAAAUGUAUUAGAUGAAACAAAUUAAAUUAAAAAAAAUUUUUGAGGCGGGGAUGCAGAAAUGAGGUACAGGGGAGAGAAACACUUACUUGGAAAGAAACCACACAACUGAAUUGGAAAACGUGGAAUGGGGCUUGUGGGAGGGAGACUCUACCUGAGAUCUGGCUUCAGUCCUUACAGCAAAGGGAACUUGGGUGAGUUACAGACUCUCUGUGCCUUGGUUUCUUCAUCAGCAAAACAGAAUCAUCCCAUCAACUGUAAGGUCCAUGGUAUCAGAGGGUCCCCCAAACGGACUGCACAUCUGAGUCAUGUUAACAAAUAAAUUCCAGGCCCCACCUGAGCGCACUGAAUCAGAAUCCCUGCAAGGAGGACACUGGACUUGUAUUUGCACCGACCUUCCCAAGUGUUUCUUUCUCUGGUCAACUUGGGGGUGGGAAUCAUUGAGCCUCAUCACAUCAUUCCAAAGCCCAAACACAAAAGCAGAACAAGAAUAUAUUCAAUGCAGUCUCUUAAAGUGGAGAAAAUUCUUGGGGGAACCUAGAAUUGAAGGAGACCCGCCUUGCUACUCUCCAUCUUAACUUUACCCUGAGUAUGGCAGAGACACGAGCCCUUCAGGACACAUGCCUGAGGCAGUGACAGUCCAACUUUGGAACAACGGAAGCCCUAGUUUCAAAUUCAAGCUUGCUUUGAGUAGAAAUUAAGUUUACGUCUUUUUGUACAGCAACAAGGCCAGUCUUCUGCAAGCCGCUCACCUUACAAGGAAAUAAACAAAAAUCAUACUACCAAGAAUUCAAACUUCAGCAGACAUGGGUAAGUCUUAUAAAUCUGUUCUAGCCAACUGAAAAGAAACCAUAAAUUUUGCAAUUCUUUCACAUUCAAGACAGUUGUGGUCACAAGAUCAGAGGCACUGAGACAUGAAGAAAAGACCCCCUAAAAAGGGAAAGCAUUCCUUCCUGCCCUAGGACAUCCCUGCCAACUUCAGGGAGGUGGGAACCCUGCUGCACUCUCUACAGUAUGUGUUGCUUUUGUGUCUGGAAGGUGUCUGACAUCCUGGGACCUGGAUCCAUUUCAGGGAGCUUGAGAAGAGCCUGAAUCACUGAUGGAAUUGUACUGUGCUUGGAGAUGGUUCAACAGGAUGAGGGUAAGUGCAGAAGCACGGCCAGGUCAUACUGAGAGACAAUGAGUGGCACUGAUGGGGACAGACAAAGAUGAAAAACAAAAGUUUGUGCUUCGACCUCAGAAACUCAAACCAAUAACUAAUUUACUCUUAUAAGUAAUAAGAAGCAUUUUUCUAUUUACAUGAGAAUUUAAUCUCAAAACAGAAAUCAGAAAAAAUAUUAAGUCCAGGGCGUAAAACCUAAAUCAUAGCUUAUAUUUAUUCAUUCUAAAUAGAGCUAAGAGUAAAAUCUUCUCCAUAAAAUAUAUAUUGUGGUUAUAACAAGGCAAAAGUCUUAAUGAGAAGAGUGAAUUAAUUGCAGCCAUGGGAAGAUGCAAGUGUCAUACUUCUCUUGUAUAUUCCAAAGUUCCAGUGAAAUUCCAGGUAAUAGAGGUUAUUUCCCACGUUGUGAAAGCAAGAUUGCAGACACUUCUGAUUUUUGUCCCAGUGCUGAAGGAGGGCACACCUCUGUCCUGGAAAAUGAUACAGGGAUGAAUGCUCUUCCCAUGACUCAUUCUGGUCAUUCUUCCAGCAUCACAGAAACCAAAAAAUAGGAAUACGGCCAAAUACAUGAUUUGCUAUCCCUCUUCUUCAGGUUUCUUACCUGUGUCUUACGGAAAAUAACAUUGCCUUAAGGAUUAUGAUGAAAAUAAGAUAUCCAAGUAUGUGUACAGUUUUGAACAAAAUGCCUAGUAUGAAUUGGUGAAUAAAUAAUUACGUGACUUUUUACUGAAUUACAUGGAUUCUAUAAAUAAUUACUGAAUAGCUUUUGUGAUUCCUUUUUUUGGCAGUGCUCAAAAUUCAUCCCUGUAUGACCUCAAGUAAACCAUGUAACGUUGUGAACCUGCAGUUUCAUCAUUUUUAAAAUGAAGAAACUAGACAGAUUUUCACUCUGACACAGAAUGUCAAGUCUCUGAGACACCAGAGAAUAGAUAAAUUUAUAGCCUUUAAUACAUCUCAAAGCACUGUCAUUACACAGUGUAGUUGGAGGAUGGUGCAGGCUGCUGAGAGGCGCACUUUCCAAUGGGAUUAAUCCAGUCCUCCUCCCUUCACUUCCACAUGAAUGUUGGGUAGCCCGUGGUCACACUUAUCACAACUCAACUCAGGCAAGUUCAGCAGCCACACUUAGGAGAUCUGGGCUACAGGACAAAUUCCCAAGUCCUAGCCUCACAAAACCUAGUUGAGGAUGGAAGCUGAGAAAGUGAGGAGGUGGUUCGGGGGAGCACGCUCCCCUACUCGUCCCUCUCAUCUCAAACUCACCUUCUGCUGCACAGGAACACGGAGGAUCACCAACCACCCCUGACUGUGAGCUUGAUCUUGCCAGGUUCUGUUAGUGGAAUGCAACCACACAUCAACGGUGUUAGAGCAACUCAAUAUAUACAUAUGUAUAUAUCCAAUAAUAUUCUCUGAGAAGCAUUCAAGGCCGUGUUCUUUUCAAUAUAUGGGAAAACCAAAAACAACAAAAUAUCCUCGGGUUUACAAGAUUUCCCAAGAUACAUGGUCAUACAUGUUUUCAGGGGAUAUGUACAAAUGAUUUUGAUCACUUAAUACCUUGAAAAGAGCUCUUGUGGGACCAGAAUGAUAUUUGUAAGUGACAAGUAUGAAACGAGUGUUCAGUGACACUAAAAAACAAAUCAACCUACACAUAGAGGAAGAGCUAUGGACAUAGGGAUGUGAAACUGGUCUUAAGUGUAAUAAAAAGCCAAGAUGCUGCCCCAGUAAGAGAAAAGAAAUCAACAUAACAAUGGGAUGCAGCAAGAGGAAUACUGAGCCAGGAGAGAAAAUAUUUUCAAAAAUGAAUCAUUCAUUCACUUUUCAGUAGCUACAGAAAAAAAUGCAGAAGACCCAGGGGAUAUCAUGGCAGUCUAAAAGUCUGAUAUCUUUCACAUAUGGAAAAGCCUUAGGAUCUGAUUCAACUUAGAGAAGGUAGAGUGAUUUUGUGACUACCACUAAGAAAAUAUAAGCUUUUGGGAAACUACCUCUACCUUGACGAUUUUAUACACACAAGGGAUGAGCAAUGAGGAAUAUGCUUAGAUGUAUUGGGAAAGAGGUGGGCCUGUAGCAUUGUCACAAGGGUGCACUAACACUGAGAGUGACUGCUGAAGAAAUGGUCCCCAUCAGUGACCAUCAGGUGAGACCAGGGCCCUAGUGUUUCAGCACAUCCUGGGCAAUUGGAAUACAGGGCUCCUAAGAUUCCAUGACACCUCCACCUUCUAAUUCUGUUAUUGCAACUGCAGACCGUUACCUGGCACGCUGGCUGCUACCUCCCUCACUCUUGUCAGAGUCGGAGAUACAGGCAGUGCAUUCAGCUCUGAGCUCAGGCAUCCUGGACCCUGUUUUUGUGGUUAAGGACUCUAAAGUGUUGUGGGGUGUUGAUCAAGUUUCUCUCAACUUCCCUGGCUCUACCUCUUCUGCCACAAACGUCAGCAUGGUGGUAUCUGCCGACCCUUUGUCCGGCGAGAGGGCAGAGAUGAACAUCCUAGAAAUCAACAAGGAAUUGCGCUCCCAGCUGGCAGAGAGCAAUCAGCAGUUCCGAGACCUCAAAGAGAAAUUCCUUAUAACUCAAGCUACUACCUACUCCCUGGCCAACCAGCUAAAGAAAUACAAAUGCGAAGAGUACAAGGACAUCAUAGACUCUGUGCUGAGGGAUGAACAGCAAUUCACGGAGAAGCUGGCAGAGAAGCUCAGGAAAGCUGAGGAGCUCGGGCAAUAUAAAGCCCUGGUUCACUCUCAGGCACGAGAGCUGACCCAGUUACGGGAGAAGUUACAGGAAGGGAGAGAUGCCUCCCGCUCACUGAAUCAGCAUUUCAAGGCCCUCCUCGCUCCUGAUGACCUUGACAAGUUCCAGGGUCAGGACCUCCGAGAGCAGCUGGCUGAGGGGCACCGGCUGGCAGAGCGACUUCUCCACAAGCUCAGUCCAGAGAAUGAUGAAGAUGAGUAUGAAGAUGAGAAAGAUGAGGAGAUUGAGAAAGUACAGGAAUCACCUGCUCCCAGGGAGGUGCAGAUGGCUGAAGGAAAGGAAGUCCCUCAGGACUCACUGGAGGAAUGUGCUGUCACUUGUUCAAAUAGUCACGACCCAUCUGACUCCAACCAGCCUCACAGGAGCACCAAAAUCACAUCUGAGGAAGACAAAGUCAACUCUGCUCUGGUUGUAGAGAAUGAACCCUCUCAUGAUGAAGAGAAGGAAGCUCUAAACAUUCUCCCAGAAAAUCAAAAUGAUCAUGAGGAAGAACAGGGGAAUGUGCCAGUGCUCCCCAGGAACAGACAAUCAGUUGAGCCAGGUGAACUGACUAAACUCAGGGAUUUCCUGAUCUCACCUGUGGUCUCCCAUGUGGUUAAUCCAGAACACCAUGAUAUAUCCAACUCUUACCUGCAUCAUGAAGUCACUUUCUUGGCACUGGAUGAAGAGAAAGUUUGCUCUGUUCAGGAUGUUGCCAGGGAUUACUCCAAUUCCAAAUGGGAUGAAGCCCCACUUGGCUUCCUAGAAAAGCAAAAUAAUCUUGAAGAGGUGAAAGGAAAACAAACAAUUGAUCCCAGGCUCAGCAGGGGACCACUGAGGGGGGACAAGCGUGAAGUCCCCCAGGAGUCACUGGAUGGAUGUUGCUUGACUCCUUCCAUCCUUCCUGAACUACCUCACUCCUACCGCCCUUAUGGGAGCACUUCGUACUGUUUUGAAGAAAAGCAAGUCAGCUUGGCUCUUGUAGACAAAAUUGAAAAGGAUCAAGAGGAGCUAGAAGAUCAAGACCCACCGUGCCCCAGCUUGAUCCAGGAUCUGCCAGAGGUGAAGGAGCAGGAAAUGCCAGAGGAUUCCGUGGAUGAAGUUUACUUCACUCCUUUAGUUCACCGUAACCUAUCUGACUGCCACCAGCCUUAUAGCAGCACCUUGUCCUCACUGGAGGAUCAACUUGCCUGCUCUGCUCUGGAUAUAGCCUCUCCCACCAAGAGGGCCUGUCCCCAAGGGACUUGGAGUGCAGACUUGAGCUACCACCUGUCAGAGGUGCAGGCUUCACAGGCACAGCUGGAGCCCAAAUGUCUGCGACUACAGCUGGAUCAAGGGAAUGGCUUGGCCAGGCAGGGCCUUUCCUCUACCACUUGCAGCUUCUCAGCCAAUGCUCAUUCUGGGAACCAAUGGCCCUUCCAAGAGCUGGUUUUAGAGCCCUCCCUGGGGAUGAAGAACCCUCCCCAGCUGGACGAUGAUGCACUUAAAGGCUCAGCAGACAACACACAAGGGCAUCAAGUCAUUGGCCAGAUUCAUGCCUCCAGUGUCCUGAAACCAAAGAUCAUCAAACGAAAAUUCUCAUUCAGCAAGUGGAGACUGGCAUGCAGAUUCCCUGGCCUGCAAGCUUAGAAUACCAAAUACUGCUGGAAGGAUGCAAAGGGUGAAAGGAUGUCACAAAAAGUAGCUUUUCCACUUGAUGAAAACAACUAA